AUGGUCACCACCAUCACGCCCUUCGACCCAGACGACGUGCUGGCCCGGAGCAUCCAGCGCGGCAUCGAUGCCGAGGAAGCCCAGCACCUCAUCUCGGCCAUGCUCCACGGGCUUCAGGCGCGGCAGGGUCGCCUCCCCGCGAAUGCGGAGCGUGUCAAGUCUGUCCUGCGGACCAUGUUCGCCUCCGAGUGCGAGAAGCUCGACGCGCCAGACCGGCAGGGCGAGGAGGUGGACGCAGAGCGCGACCUGCUCCUGGUCAUGAUGGAGAAGGAGGUUGAGCAGCGGCUGCCAAGCAUCUCCCUGCGACGGAGCGACCGCGACAACACGGUCCGGUACGACUUCAACCAGGCUGCGCGGGACGGAUAUUUCCAGGGGAGGGACCCCUACGAGCUCACCGAGAAGGCCAGCGCGGACGAUACCACCGCGCAGCAGCAGCGUCGACGGCGGCAGUGCACGGCCUGCCCGACGGAACGGCAAGACAUCGUCACACGUCUGUGCUCGCACAUGGAGCUGUCGGUGGAGCUGGGCAAGCACCUGCGCGCGGGCGACAUCCUGAACCUGUACAUUGCCAGCGGGGCGUUCCGAGUAUCGGUAGGGCGCUACAUGCAGUCGAGCGUGAACGCGUGGAUCGGGCACCGGUGCGCGGAGGCGGGGCGCAUCUUCCCGCUCAGGCUGUACAGGCGGCUGGUCAUCGCCGACCCGGGGGGGCGGACGUGGAGCGACAUGGGCGACGGGCGGGUGGAGGCGUCGCGGCAGGGCAGCACGCGCACCGUCCCGGGGCUGCGGUACCUGCAGCUCGUCAUGGGGCGGGACGCUUGCUGCCGGUCGAUAUGCGGGCUGCUGGCGCGGAUGGGCCACCGCACGCCGCGGACGAUGCCGUCGACCCUGCUGCGGCUCUGGCUCCUCAUGGACGUCGGCCAGACGCGGCACCGGGCGGCCAUGCUGCGCAACCGGCGGCUCUGGCGCGACGCUGACCUGUACAACGCGCAGCUGCUCUUCGUGAAGCUGUGCCUGGUCUUCAACGACCCCGUCUACGGCCCGACGUCGUGCGAGCUGCUGCACGUCAUCCUGGGCCAGCGCGGCCUGCACCCCCUCUGGCAGCUCCUGACGCGCAAGCGGCUGACGACGCUGCCCGAGACGCUCGAGGCCAAGGUCCGGUACGACUACGACACCGACGGCGGCCGCCGCACCGCCCCGGCCGCGGGACCCGACCAGGGCGAGUUCCACGGCGUGCCGCUCUGGAACGUCGGCACAGGCCACACGGAGGGCUGGGGCGCCCCCGGGGCCGGCACCACCCGCCACCUCGCCCGCCCGGACGAGCUCGUCCCCCUCGAGGCCGUGCGCCGCGGCCUCCGUCUGGACCUGCACAUCCGCCACAUGAUGCUCUGGGGCCACAUCGACUGGGUCACGGGCGAGAACCUGGUGCCCACGGAGGAGGAGAUGUACGUCUCCGACGACGACGGCGGCGAGACGCUGAGGGACGUCGACACCACGACCCACUGGCGCGCGAAGCACGCCCGGAAGAAGCGAUGGCCCCACCUGUCCGACGACCAGAGGCGGGAUAUCCGCCAGGAGGACGAGGACGACCGUCUCAGGGCGAUGGGGUGGUGCGGCGGCGGCGGCGGCGACGACGACGACGGCGACGACGACGACGACGGGGACUACGAAGACACGGACGACGACGCCUACUCGCUCGACGACGAGAUGGCAAGGGGUUACGUUGUACCCCCGCAGAAGAGGACCGGUGCCGGCUUCGCACCCCCGCCUCCAGGUGUCAACGACCGGCCUGGCUGGACCGAGUUCGUCAAGAGGGUCCUCAUGGGCGCGCCCGUGAGCUUGGAUGGAGAUCCUGCCGUCACGGCACAGGGCCGUGAGCCUCGGUCGGCAGGUUUCUCAGCUGGAUGA